CAUGGUAAGACAAUUAUGAUUAUGACUCCCGUAACGAGAGCUGACAUGCACUACAUAAAAGUGAUACUAUUUGUGAGUAUCGGGUUAACAUUCGCUACCGAGACAAUAGAUGACAACUACCUAGAUAAACUUCAAUUGAGAAAUGUAUAUCCGACACAUUAUACACUCAAGCUAAUAGUGAACAUCAAAUCUUCCUAUCCUACUUAUAUCGGUCUUGUCCAUAUCAAUAUUCACAUUCUUUCUCCCAUACAAGUUUUAUUCCUAAAUGCAAAACAUUUAAAAAUAUAUAACUCGAGGGCAAUGCUGAUCAAUGAUCAAGGAAUCAUUGCUGUGAACAACUCUUAUAUGAUUCAAGAGCAGAUUUUAGCAAUAUCUUUUCAAGAAAAAGUGCCACCUGGAAGGUAUAUUCUGCGGAUAAAAUUUCAAUCAACUUCUAAAUACAACUUUUAUCAAAGCAACUUGCACAAUAAAACUAUGACGAUUGGACAAAACAGAAGUUUCAUUUUGACGCAAUUUGGGAAAAUUGCAACCCAGUUGUUAUUUCCAUGCUGGGAUGAUCCAGCGUUCAAAGCUACCUUCGACAUUAGUGUGAAACAUUCCAAAGAAUACAAGGCUUUGUCAAAUAUGCCGUUAUCAAGACGCUACAAUUCUUAUACUACUAUGACAUGGUCACAGUUCGACACCACCCCCAUAAUGUCUAUUCAUCAAUUGGUGAUUGUACUUACACCAUUCAGUAAAAUUGCUAAUCCACGAGAAACCGUCUUUACAUGGUGCAAAUCAGAUGCAACAUCAACUAUUUAUUUCGCGCACAGCAUUGUCGAAAAAGUUCUGAAGCAUUUGUUCCGGUACACAAAUGUUUCUUCGGAAACUCGAAAGAUUGAUCAGAUCGUAAUAUCGGAUGUACCGUAUUCUGAGGCACAUUGGGGACUUCUUGUCUACAGAGAAUCAGAUAUUAUCUACGACAAGAACAAAGAUGCUAUUAGUGUCAAAAUUCAAGUUGCGAACACAGUAGCAACUCAAGUGGCACGUCAAUUAUUUGGUGGCUUGGUCACGCCAAAGUGGAGGAUUCACUCAUGGAUAAGCGAAAGUUUCGCUUUGCUUUUCUCACGCUAUGUCUUGGACCAGAUGUAUGAGGAUUGGAUUGAGAUAUUCUUCACGGUAGUGGAAGAUUUACAUGUGUCAUUGCUCAAAGAUAACGGUUUAAUGCCUCCUGUUUUGUCCGAAAUCAACAACAACUUUGAUAUCUUGUCAUUAAAAUCUACGUCCGAUGUUUACCGUAAAGGAUCUGUUCUAUUGCGUAUGUUGCAACAUAUAAUGGGUGAGGAAACAUUCCAAAAAGGUGUCAUCAAAUAUUUAAAAGAAUAUAAGAAUGGAUUGGUUACUACCGACCAUUUAUGGUUUACUAUGCAAACUGCUCUAGAGGCUACAUCAGUAUCCAAAGUUGAUAUUAAAAAAGUAAUGGAUACAUGGAUAACACAAAAAGGUUUUCCCUUAGUGACCGUGAAGCGAGAUUAUGUAACUGGCGAGACAAUAAUUUCGCAACUACCUUACAAAUCAUUCGAAAUCGUACCUAACGCCACAUCAUCCAAGUGGUGGAUACCUGUGACCUGGACUAAACAGUCGUAUCCUGCUUUUGAUAAAACCAUCCCUACUUCAUGGCUAAGACCGGAGGACAAAACUAUAAGUAUAACAACAAAUCCUAAGGAGUGGAUUAUAGUUAAUGUACAACAAAGUGGAUAUUAUCGUGUCCAUUACGAUCGCACAAAUUGGGAAAAAAUUGCGAAUUACUUGCACUAUAAUGAUUAUUCAAAUAUACACGUAUUAAAUCGAGCACAAAUUAUUGAUGACAUAUGUCAUAUAUUCAAAGAUAGACAAACAGAUUGGGCCUUAUUCUCACUUGUUACGAGUUAUCUAUCGAUAGAGAUAGAUUAUAUAGUAUGGGUUCCCAUGUUAAAAUGUUUAGAUAUGUUGUCGAUAUACUUUCCACUUCCAGAGAGUAAAAACCUUCAGAUGCACUUUGCGAGUUAUUUCACUAACAUUCUUAACGAGAUAGGAUACGAAGAAGAUCCUGAAGAUCCUAACGAUGAUGAUCUUACGAGAAAGGCAAGGCAAAAUCUAGCAUUCUACGCAUGUACUCUCGGUAACCCAACAUGUAUAAGCGCAGCCGCCGAAAAAUUAAGGAAGCAUCUCGCAGAUCCCACAAUAUACAAAAUUUUGCCGUGGUGGGAAAAUUGGACGUUCUGUUUUGGUUUAAAAACAGAAGACCCUUCAAUUUGGGAUAAAGUAUACCAGUUAUAUGAAAAAACGAAGAACGAAACAAUUUUAAAUUUUUUACCUUGCAGUGAGGAUUCUAAUAACACCAUUACGCUUUUACAUAGAAUAGAGAACAAUGUGUUAAUAGAAGCAAAACAGGCUAAUAUUUUCAAUACUAUUAUAAAGCAGCACAUCAGCGACAGUAAAAUUUUCUCUCAUAUCACGGAUAAUAUUAUGGCGUUAAAACCCGAGUCAAUGUCUUUAAAUGAUACAUUCGAUAGUAUUAUUACAAACAUCUAUUCCGAAGACCUACUUAAUAACCUAUAUUUUCGAUUGAUGGCUUUCAGUAACGAUUUUUCCGUAUAUGAAACAAAUAGGGAUAAAAUAGAAUGGCAGCGAAUGAAAAUCCACGCUCUGAAGAGCAACUUUGACAAGAUAUUCUACAAUAAAACAAGGACAUCUAUCUAUGUGAGACUUCAGAAAAUAUGUACCUGGCAAUACCGGACUCAUAAGGACAUCAAACUUCGUAAGAAAAGAAGCUUACACAAUCACGAAAAAACGAGCAAUAUGGAAUAUAUGAAAUUAUUAUUAAAUGUUGGCCUAAUAUUCGCAGUUUUUUGUAUAAAAAAUUCAAAAUCAUGUGAAAAUUGUUAUUCGGCGGACAAUGUACUGCCGAAACACUAUACCAUUCGACUAAUUCCGAACAUGGAAACAGAGGCCACGAGUACAGGCAAUUUGAUUGCCUCUUUCGAGAUACGUCGAGAUACAUACAAUUUUAGCAUAGACUUACUACAUUUAAGCAUAAACGAAACAAUGACAUAUGUACGUGGUCUUUAUAAUGAUAAGUAUGUACCGAAAGAAUAUCAUUAUAAUAAUAUGAAAGAAAUGUUAACCCUUAUUUUUGAAGAAGAGUUACUAAAAGGAAGUUACGAUUUGAUCAUGAAUUUCACUGGGAAUGCAUAUUCAACUAAAGACAAAGGUUUUUAUACAAAAUCAUACAUAAGCAACGAAGGACAAAGACAAAUGGUAGCCGUAACGCAAUCGCAAGAUUUUACAGCCCGACAAACAUUUCCGUGCUGGGAUGAACCAACAUUAAAAGCCACCUUCGAUAUACUUAUAAUGCAUGAUAAAAAAUAUAAAGUUUUAUCAAAUAUGCCGGAAAAGCAGACGUCUCAAAUGCAACGGAACAUGUCUGACACUGAUAUAAUAUGGACAGAAUUUGAAACCACUCCCAAAAUGUCCACUCAUCUCGUAGCAGCUGUUGUAUUCGAUCCUGUUCACAUUUCUAAUACUUUCACAUCCAAGACUGUUAAUAUAUGGUGCAGACCGACUUUGUUAACGCACAUGCAAUUGCAAUUUAUGCACGAUGUUGCUAAAAAUGUCAUUAAGUACUUAUCUGAUUAUACGUCAUUUUGUAAUGUUCCAAUGAUAAAUAUCGUUCUGUUGCCGGAUUCAUUAAUCACUAAAACCGUGAGCAGUUGGGCACUCGUCAUUUACAGAGAAUCAGAUUUUGUCCAAAAAAAUGAAGAUAUCCCUGGCAUGAAAAAAAGACAAGUAGCGGAUUUAAUAGCAGAACAUGUGAUACGUCAUUGGUUCGGUAACCUGAUCACCCCAUCUAGGUGGACCUGGAUAUGGUUGAGAGACGGAUUCGUCAAGUUUUUCAAGGCAUACAUCCUCGAUAUGAUCUUUGAAGAUUGGCGAACUAUGGACUUGCUGGUAGUCAAAGAUAUGCAUUCCUCUCUUUAUAAUGACAUUGGUUACACCAUGACUCCUGUGGUAUCAAACGACAUAAGAUUUCAGUUCUCUUUUUUGAAAUAUACGUUACAAUAUACAUCUCUCGCUAUUAGUGCAAAAGCAUCAGCUUUAUUACGCAUGUUGCAAUUUAUAACAACCAAUGAUUAUUUUCCCCAUGACGUAUUCAACGAAGGUAUCAUAAACUAUGUACAGAAUAAUGCGUAUGGCUCAAUUGAUUCCGAACAAGUUUGGCACAGCAUACAACAUCCUUUCAUCGAGGAAUAUUUCAAAUCCGUUAUUCAAAACAAUCAUACAGACGAGUUCGCGAAACUUAGUAUUUAUUUUAAUUCAACAGUGUCACACAAAACCUUUAGAAUAAAAACAGUAAUGGACGCUUACAUGAAGCAUAUUCGUUAUCCCUUGGUGACCGUGAAACGAGAUUACAUAACUGGCAAAACGAUAAUAACGCAGCAAUAUUUUUCUACGACAAAUGUCAAUCAAAAAUGGUGGCUACCGUUGACCUAUGCAACACAGGCAAAUCCCGAUUUCUAUAAAACUUAUUUCAUUUGGCUAUCACCUGAAGUUAAAAAUAUAAACAUUACGGUUGAUCCAAAUGAAUGGAUCAUAGUCAAUUUGCAACAAUAUGGAUAUUAUCGUGUUAAUUACGAUGAAACAAAUUGGCAAAAAAUUGUGGAUUACUUAAACUCUGAUGAAUAUAUAAAAAUACACGUUUUAAAUCGAGUUCAACUCCUCGAUGACGCAUAUUCUUUGGUAAGGUACCAAAGAAUCAAGGGCUCUAUAUUUAUGAACCUUACGAAAUAUCUAUCGCGAGAAAAGGAUUACGUAGUAUGGUAUACUAUGUUCAGAAUUUUUGGAUUAUUAUCAGAGUCUUUUCUAUUACCGGAAAGUAAAAACUUAAAGUUGCACUUCUCCAAGAUUCUCGGUAGUCGUCUUGAAAAGUUAGGAUAUGAGGAAAAUCCUGACGACGAUGAUUUUACAAAAUUGGAAAGACUAAACGCUACACACUGGGCGUGUUAUUUCGGUAAUACAAAAUGCAAAAGUGUGGCCAAUGCUAAAUUGCUUAACUACAUCGAUGAUCCUGAAAACUAUAAUAUUUUGCCAUAUUGGCAAGAAUGGACGUUGUGCGCCGGUUUGAUGACAGCAAAUACGUCUACUUGGCAAUUAGCAAAGGAUAUAUACUUUCAAAAAUUAUUAGACCGACGUUAUGAAUUUUUGGCUUGCGCUGAAAAACCUGCAAUCAUUUUAAAGUAUUUAGAUAUUUGGCGAAUUUCGAAAAAUACAACAAGGGAAAACAGCGAUUUUGAUGAUAUAAUUAAUUUUAUCAUCAAGAAACAUGGACACAACGAUGAAAUACUUAAUUACAUAUCAAACCAUUUUGAAACACUUAUACCUCGAUUAUCACUACUAGGAACUAAUAUAAUAAGUCGACUGAUUCUAAACGUACAUUCUAUAGCACAACUCAACAAGGUGGAAAACUUAGCAAAUAAUGUGUUAGCAUCAAAUCCACAUGUUUUGGCUGAACUUCGAGACACAAUGGAAGUACGUAAGAGUAAUCUAGAAUUUCAGAAAUUUUUCUUUACCAGUCGGUUCUCAAGCUGAGAAGACAGAUUUGACGUCCUUAAUUAUAAUUUAUAUUAAAAUUUUAAUGGAAGAAAUAAUUGUGCAAAGGGUACCAUAAACUUACAGAUUAUUAAUAUUGUUACUGUUGUUUGUUAUGACUAGUUUUUAUUGUUUUUUAUUUAUUGUUAAUUUUUUCGAUGUCAUUUUAUUUUUAUAAUUUUUAAUAUCGUAUUAUAUUAAUAUAUUGUAUAUUAAUAACUGGUACUAUUAAUAUAAUCUGUAAACUCUUGUAAUGCUUUUCGCUCAAUUGACAAUAAAUUAUACGUUGCAAUUU